AUGUCCCCGUGUGCUGCAGGUACCUUGGACCGGAGCGUGACCCUGCUGGAGGUGUGCGGGAGCUGGCCAGAGGGCUUUGGGCUGCGGCACAUGGCCUCCACGGAGCACAGCGAGGAGGGCCUGCGGGAGCGGCUGGCCGACGCCAUGGCUGAGUCCCCCAGCCGGGACGUGGUGGGACCCGGAGCAGAACUCCAGCGAGAGGGAAGCAUCGAGACCCUGAGUAACAGCUCGGGCUCCACCAGCGGCAGCAUCCCGAGGAACUUCGACGGCUACCGGUCUCCGCUGCCCACCAACGAGAGCCAGCCCCUCAGCCUCUUCCCCACCAGCUUCCCGUAGGUCCCAGCAGCCUUCAGGCUGGCCUGCCCACUCUCCUGCCGGAGGGAGGGGGAGACGCCCCCCGUCCGCUCCUACCCUUCAGACUCCGCUCCUCUUUGAACCCACCGCCUUCCCCGAGCUUCGUGACGACAGCCGCCCAGCUUCCCUGGAUCGAGAAGAGACCCUUCUCCAAAGCACCUCGGCGCGCGCUGACCUCUGCCUCCAUUGUGGGGCCGGCCGUGGCCGAGACUCUGCAGAAGCUCCGUCCCCACCUCUGUUUGCACACGAUGUCCCGCGUCGGACCUGCUUUUGUAUUUUCGAACCCAGCCCUUGGGGGGUGGGGGCCAGGGUGGGGAGGAUAGAUGGCUCGGCGGGCAUCUCGGCCGCAAGUGGCCAGCCCCGAUCCAGCCCCGGCUUCGGCACACACUGCCCAGCCUCCUGCUGGCGCUGAACUGAGGCCCGGAGUAUUAGGGGAGGAGGAAGGAAAGAGAAGCCCCCCUUCCUCUUUUCUCUCCCCUUCGGCUCAUGGAAAGGAUUUGUCUUUCUUGUCUGUAAGCCCUUGUACCCUGAUCCUGUACUGUUCAGUGAAGGAAACCGUGGUUUCUGAGGCCCUGUCAAAAAGUGCACGUCUUGUUCAAUAAAUCACGCUGCAACUGGUGUCCA